AUGAUAUGUGCACCUUUUGUUGGAAUCAAUCAUCAUUGGAAGAAUACUUUGUUUGGUUGUGCAUUUUUGUUGGAUGAGACCGCAAAUUCAUUUAUUUGGUUAUUUGAGAUGUUUUUGAAUUCUAUGGAAAAUAAGGCUCCAAAAACCAUUUUCACCGAUCAAGACCAAGCCAUGGCAAAAGCCAUUCGAACGGUGUUUCCGAAUACUCAACGCCGUUUAUGCACAUGGCACAUUGGGAAAAAUGCCAAUCAAAACAUUCCACAUCUUUACCACAAGUCAGAGUUCAAGGAUAAAUAUUUCUCAAAACUUAUGUAUAAGUGCAAAUCAGAGGAUGAAUUUGAAUGUACUUGGAGGAAAAUGGAAGAGGAGUGGGGUACUGAGAAUAACAGUUGGCUUCGGAGGUUAUACGACCUUAGACAUAAAUGGAGUUCGGCUUUUGGUCGUGACAUUUUUUCUUGUGAAAUAAGAUCAAGUCAAAGGAGCGAGAGUACUAACAAUGUCUUCCAAAAAAUGUCGACUAAGACAUUGACCCUUGUAGAAUUUGUUUACCACUAUGAAGAACAAUUGAAACAUAUGAGAGAAAUUGAAGGUCAAGAUGAUUAUAAAUCUCGUGGGAAACCCAAAUCGCAGCUUGCGGAUAAUAGGAUAGUGAAGCAUGCCGGUUUGGUGUAUACUCGUACCAUUUUUAAAAGGUUUCAUGAAGAAUUUCUUCAAGGUGUCUCCGAACUUGUUUCAAGUGAAGCUUUUGAUGGGGUAAUUUUGCACUACACUCUCGUACGUGAGGGGAUUGAAGGUGAACUGUUGUCAAAUUUAACCCUGUUGACUUUUCAGUUUCUUGUACGUGCAAACUAUUUGAAUCAAAUGGGUGGUUGUGUCGCCAUGCUUUGCACGUGUUGA